GGGGUUUCGAGUCGGCGCUCCUUUGACAGCGGUCUGAUGCUCCGAUUCUUGUAGGAUCAACAAUCUCAACAUUUGUGGAGUUUGGACGCAAGCAGGACGGAGUGUAUGAAGGAGGACAAGAUGAAUGUGGAGGCUCUGAGCAGAGCAGAGCUGCUGACACUCCUGAGUGUCUUGGAAGGAGAGCUAGAGGCCCAAGAGGUGGUCAUUCAUGCCUUUCGAGCUCAACACAAAGAUGCUUUCAUCCAGGAGCGUUAUGGCCAGUAUGACCUCAGCGAUCCAUUUCUGGCCUUGCAACGGGACAGCACAGCAGAAGAGAACCGAAACACAUUUGCCCAAACUCGUGCAUACCUGCACAGACAGGCAGUGGGCCCAAACCCUUUAGCUGUCCUGAAACUGGUCAUGGCCCACUGCAAGAAAAUGCAAGAAAGGAUGAUGAGACAGUUGGCAGCGACUGAGAGCAGACACAAAAGAAUGAUAGCUGAUCUAGAGGAAGAGAAACAGCGGCAUGCCCAUGAAUCUGUACAGAGUGACAAUUUCUCAUUGAUACUGCAAACAGAGAGAGACAAACUGUUGCAACAGCUUGAAAUUGAGCGAGCAUCAGUGCAGCGGCUAGAGAGGGAACAGGCUCAGGCAAAGUGCCAGGCAGAGGAGUCAAUAACCCAGCAGCAGCAGCUUUCAUCAACUCUCACCUCUGAGCUCCAGAAGGCCAGCAGCCGAGCCCAGGAGGAGGCUCAGAAGGUCUCACAGCUCCGUACUUUGCUUCAAGAAGAGACAAGCAUUGUGGAGAAGCUAAGGGGGCUACUUGAAGAUGAAAAGGGCAGGACGACAGAGCUCAAGGCUCAGUCUGAUAGGAAUCUUGUCGAUUUUGCUACAGAGCGACAGCAAUUGAAAGCCAGACUCAGUGAGGAAGAAGAAAAGAGCAAGGAGCUGAGGAGAGAACUGGAACGGCUGAAAAAAAUAUUGGGUGAAACCAGUGAAGGGCCAAAGGAAGCUGUGACAGAUGUAAAAGACUCAGUCUCCAAGAUGACAGUAGUGACAUCUGUUCAGACCGAACCCGAUGGAAAAAUAAUUUCUCCUCCGAAAAUGUCUAUAGUGUCAAAGGUCAAUGGCCACCACAUUCUCAAAGAGACAGAGCUAACUCAGGAAGGGAGAGGAACAGAAAACACAGGGGUGACGGAAAAUGGAGGAGGAGCAAGCUUACAUUCCCCUAUCCAUCCUAUUCCUUAUCCCCACUCUCCUUCCAGCACCGCCUCCUCUUCCCUCUCCUCUUCUCCUGUUUCCUCACCAGUGUUGGCCAAACGUCUCACCAGCCCAGGCUUCCAUCAGUCCUCCUACCAGGCUGGAGUCAAUCAGCGAUUCCAGGCAGCCAGACACAAGUUCCAAUCCCAGGCUGAACUGGAGCAACAACAGCAUGGUGGCCCUCUUUCCCCCAGAGACCUCUCACCCACCACCUCUUUCAACCCUCCCCCACCAGAGCACAGCGCAGCCAAGCAGCUGGCCCGCAACACAGUCACACAGGUGCUGUCCCGGUUCACCAGCCAGCAGGCUGGCGUUAAACUGGUACCAAUCAGCAGUUCUCCAUUUGGUACAGACUACCGUAAUUUAGCAGCUUCACCUCCUGGAGCCAGGUCUCCUUCUGGGCCUCUAUCUCCAGGCAUUUGCUCCCCACUCACCGCUCGAUCAGAGAGGACUCAUCCUCCUCCAAUUCCUCCCAAGAAGCCAGGCAUGAGUCCAACUCCAGGCUCCCCAAGUCAUUUUGCCCGAACCAGCCUGUUCUCAGAGCUGUCAGGGAACUGUGGACCCAGCAACUGUGGAAAGGAAGGAUCAACAGAAACGGACCUGGUUUUAUCUUCUAGCAGUUAACACCUUCUUUCAUAAAACACACAUUUUCUACUAAUGCACUAGCUGUAUCAUGUCAAAAUUCCCUCAAAUGUUUCAACAGCUGAAUCUACAAUGUUUAAAAUCUAGGGGUGAUAUAGCAGAUGCCCAAAGAUUACCUUUAAUUACCGAUUCCAUCAGGUAGGAGUUCUAGGAGCUGGCAUCAGAGACAGUUCUUCACUGGAAUUGUAAACUAAGCCCUGUGGGACUAUUGAGAUGAUAUCCCGGUGUGCUUCUCAGGGCAGACAGCUGACACACGCCUGAUUUUGUUAACUUUACACAAAGAAGGCAGUGCAGAGCAUCUUGCCCAUGAACCAGAGAAAUCUGCUCUAUGGACUUAAUAGAUUUAAUAGCUCUCAGAAUGCUAAUAACUGAAACAAAUCCACAAAAUAACAGCACAAUGUUUGAAAUCAUAUGGCUGUUUGAAGACAUUACACUGUAAAUUAAAUGCUGUCAAGAGUAUGAUUGCAAGAAGACUUGCACUGCAAUACUGGGUCUAUAUCGACAUUCUAUUCAGGGAGACUUCUACUUUUAACCAAAUCAAAACAGAUUCUCACCACUCAGCCAUUUAUAUACGCAUAUCUAUCACAUUAUUUUCAUUGUAUUACAUCAUUCUAACAGAGCACACUAGAUUUCAUUUGUUUUAGGUGAUUUUCUAUGUUUGCAAGAAUGGCUGGUAUUGCAACCAAGAACACCACAAACCCCUAAAAGUGCCCUUACAGUGGUUCAGUCUUCCUAUGACAACUUAUGACAAGUAGACAACUCAGGAAUCACAGACACAACAAAUUGUAUUAGUUGAGGUAAGUGAGUAUUUUCACCAAUAAUUUACAAAAACUGUAAAUAAACUUUGUGCUCAGUUUGUCAAAAACUUUUUUUCACACUGUCUGAUGUCAAGUGUGCAAGAACAUCACCAAUCCAGCACUCGUUCAGUCCUUUUAUUCGUAGAACAGAAUGGUGCAGUACAGGCAACGCAUCACUGAUGGGAACACACAGUUGGUAGCAUAAUGUGAGGGUUUAACAGAGCACAUCCAUCCAAAAUGUCUGCUUUGAUUUCAUGGUAUAUACUUAAGGGUUAGAUGAGCCAUACAGAAGUCAGGUAACACAUGAAUUUGCUUUGAAUGGCAACUGCUUUAAGUUCCCUUGGCAAUGACCAACACAUAAUUUGUCACAAUACAAUAUUUCAAGAAUCCAACAGAAAACAGCAUUUUAAAAUAGAAAUUUGCAUACAUUAGCAGGAGAAUGGAGUUCUUUACCAUAGGAAAGAGAUUUUGGCAAAUCUUGGUUUACAUGUUUUCCUUUCAGAACAAAAUGCAAGAGAGAAUUGUAACAUACAUACAGAAGUUGUCUUAUAGCAGUCAUUAUGGCUUGCAUGAGUGGAGACACAUUAAACAGGACAAACGAAAAAUAUUCCCCUAUUUGCCAGACUUACAGUACAUACAACUUUCCAGAGAAAAGCUAUGCUAAGGAUUGUGUUACUGCUAAUGACAUAUUUUUAAUUGAAUAAGCAAAACUUUACUUUCUUCCAUAUAAUGUUGGGGCAUCUGGUGGCGCACAGCAUAUUCCCAAAUGAAUGUCAACCACAUAUAAAUAUGCCAUUUGUACUACAAACCCUGUUAUAUGAGAGUGUGCUUUGUUUGUCACAUCAGAUGUAUUGUGUUGCCUUGAUUUUGGGUGUGUGUGACUACACAUUGGCCACUGGUCUUCACACUCUUCUGACAUAACUGACCACUUUUCUAGGUGGCUGAAUAAAGGUUUUGUAGUUGUCGCCAAUGCUGUCCUAAACACAGCUCUGCACAAACUGAUCCAACGUCACACAUUCAGAUGUAACCACUUUCUCCAAACAAAAACCAUGAUCAUCUCCCUAACCAAAGUUGUCCCACAACCAGACAUACUUAUGUAUUACACUCUGCAAAUCUUCUGUUUUGAUGAGUUUUAGUUGAUUCCUUGCCUCACACUGAUAUUGUUUUGCUUUGGUAAGUCCUUGGGUAUGAUUGCGUUGGGCCAGUGGAACCAGCAUCUCCCUGACCAGUCCCUGACCUUCCAUUAGGCAUUUAGCAUCUCCUUACCAAUUUUGUAAUUUAGGAUUUUAUACCAGUCAAUCUUAGUGCGCGUGACAGGAAGCUGGCGACGUAAAGCCUUGAAAGUUGUGUCGGACAUGGCCUGGUAGUUCUCACCGAUUGCGGUCUGGUGGUAAAAGUGGUAAAGAUGGUAAAGGUGGUAAAGAUUUAUUUUAUUUUAUUUUUUACUUUGUGUUUCAUUUAAAAAAAAGAAUCACAGUGCAGCUUACCUGGUAGUCAUUUUCAGCACGCUUGAUGAUGUCAACAAACUCCUUGGCUAUCUGAGUUUCACUCUGUUUGAAAUGCAAUCAAGUCAAUCCAUUUAAUACAAAACUAGAUAAAACUAGGCAGCCAGCAACAUAUGACCAUUUGGAAAAGGCUAAUGGUUUACUUACAGUCACUGGUACUGAUUCUUCUACCUCCUUAUGACUAACCAGCUGCACAUUCCCAUCUUCAUA